UAGUGCCACAUUCUGCAUCUGUGUUUACACUGUAUAGUUCCACUAGCGGGUCAUGGAAGGACAGUCAGGUUUACACCACCGUUUCAUGUAUCGUUAUUGUACGAGACGUGCUUUCAUUCUUCCAACAUAUUCAUGAAGAUCUGGAGCCUUUUAUGAUGCGCACCGGUUCCUUGACAUGUUUCUUUAAUUAAAAGAUGGAUUUUAAAUUUUUAAUUCAAAGAUGGAUGGUUUUUUUACAUGGAUUUGAAGGACAUCAUGCUUUUGUCACACAAAUUUCUAAAUAUUCAGAUAUCUUGGAGGUAACUGGAAGAACCACCUGUAAGAAGCGUUUCGCUGGUCUCCGGUCUUGCAUCUCAGCCACAAUGUUCUCCACCUGGAUGCUACAUAUGAGUGUACUUGCUCUGCUUUUCAAAAUCACCAGCGCUGACCAGUGUCAUCUUCGUGAACUCACAUCUGGGAGUGGGUCUCCAGUUAUGGAUUCACUGCAGUGCUACAAUGACUACAUGACCCAUGUUCGAUGCGCAUGGGAGGAGGAAACACAUGUUCAUUUACACACAGCAGGAAAUACAUCGUCACAGGCACUGUACUUCAGGGACAACAAAACUAGGGCAGAAACACUUUGUGUCUCUGAUGGACUCAGUGUGCUUUUAUCCAAUGGGAAGGUCUCUCACAGCUGUCGCUAUGACACCACAAGGUUUUCCAAGUCAACAAGUCACACUCUAUACUUCAAAGUGCCCUGUGUAUCGAAACCCACAACUUUUAGAGUAGUCCAGCAAGGAAAAGUUCUCACCCCGACUGAUUUGACAGAGAAGGUAGAUGGUAGAGGUCAUCUUCUGUCCUGGAGAAACCCAUAUCCACCAUCCUCAAAUAUCACAAGAACACUCGUGUACCAGCUUCAGUAUCGCAGAUAUGGGGAUGACUGGAUUGUUGUGGACAAGAUCAAUGCUACAGAGUAUAUUAUUGAAAAUAAGUCACUGUUGCUGGGCUACAGUUACCAAGCCAGAGUCAGGGCACAUGUUGCUAUUGGACUCUGGAGUGACUGGAGCCCUCUAGUGUCUUGGAGGACACACGAUGAUGGUUUUUUUAACCUGCAGUGUGUGAUAGAGGGAGAAACCAUUGUGACAUGUUCCUGGCAGAUGAAGACAGAGCAUUCUCACUUUAUGUCAUAUCAUCUCUGUGGCCGUGAAAAUGACAACAGUCUAGCCUUUGAAUGUUGUAAUAAUCCUCUGCUGAAGUUCAGUGAUGCUGAGCUUUCAGAGUUUUCCUGUUCUUUAAAGACCUCUGACCCUCACCUGUUAACCGUGGAACUGAGGCCUGUGUACUUCAGUAGGAUAUUCAAAUCUUCAAAAUAUAUUCAACUUCCACGACCCGACCCGGUCAAGGUGGACGUGACAGAUGGCAUUGUCAAACUAACCUGGUCUUUGCCAAAAGUUUCUCAAUAUCUUAAAUUCCAAAUCCAACUACAAAUCUGGACCAACAAGUCUUUAGUGUCUUGUAACCUUACUCAGGGGGACAGCAAGUUUGAGAUUCCCUCUAGCUCUCUAAAUCAUUCAACACGUUACCAGGCCCACAUUAGACUACUGCAUAUACCGGAUGGUCAAUAUGUUGUUCGGCCAUCAGAAUGGUCCCCGCCAACAAUAUUUAUCACCGACCCAGCUUCAUGGUCCAUCACCAAUAUAAUCUAUAUGUUGGUUGUUGUGUUUGUGGCUGUGCUCUUCGCCAUCUUGUAUAAUGCCCUUCCGGCCUGUCACAGAAAGAUAGAGUUAUGGAGGGGAUCGAUUCCAUCACCCAUAAACAGCAGAGUGAUGGAGGAAAUGAUUAAGAAGUCUUCCACUGGAUGGCCAUAUCUUCAGAGUGAGAAAGAGAAAAUCACCAUGUGUGUCCUCCAGGCUACAGACGAUAUCAGUAUCUGCAAAAGCAGUGUCUCUGGGGAGCCACUUCUGUUGCACAGUGAAGACAUGAGUUUAGACACUACCAUUGUCAAAGUGGGAUGGUCAGAUGGAUCAAACCACUUGUGCUCCUACGACAGGGAGGGUAUGUGCCAUGACAAAUCAGGCACGAGCUUCACCGGGCCUUAUAUUCUGUGCUGUGAGGAUGCCAGCCCCCAGGACAAAAUAUUUGACGUGUCCUCUGAAGGAGAUGGCACAUGCGUGCCUGGAAAUCCUGAGAAUUCUGCUCCAAUAAAUGGAGGAUAUGUUAUGACUCCUCCCACCCUCAUGUCUGCAAUUCAAGACUCCGCCCCCUCUAAGAUCUCGACCCAUAACCCUUCAGAUGACCCCCCUGCAUACGCACCUAGUGUAGAUCAAGGUGGUAUGGUCCUCCCUCAUCCAUCUGACUACAUGAUGCCAAUGGGCCAUGGCAAUGGCAUGGGCCAAUCAGAGCUGAGAGAGUAUGUGACGCUGGCACAGUCUGGAACAUAAUGAUAUAUCGGCCUUGAUGGCUUGGCACUUUUAAAAAAGUACUGUAUAUGCUCAAAGCACGUGUUAAUGAGAGGAGCCUAGAAGCCAAAGAGAGCACCAGGGCUUAAAGGGGACAUGAUAUUGAGUAAAAUGAAUGUAGUUAAUUUUGUGUUUGUUGUUGUUGCUUUAUUUAAACUGUCACUUUAAGAGCAUUGUCUAGCUAUGGAUAAACGAUUCAUAUGCUCAUACUGAAGGGGGUGAAAGUUUAAUUGGAUCUUAAAAAUUCAGUAUGAGUUGAGGAAUUAAAGCUAUUAUGCUGUUGUGCUGUGACAGUCAGACCAACAGAUGACAGUGUUGCAAAAUGAAUGUAAAAAGGUCUCACAAGCUACAUACGAACGAACGCAUUAAUUGACAAUGAAUAUCUUUAUAUGCCUCACAUGCAAAAUGUGUUUUAUAUCCAUUAUUAUUUUUAAAUAAUUAUUAUGAUUAUUACAAUUAUUAUUCAAUUUUUUUUUUUAUUAUAAUUCAAAAAUAAAAAAGUUAUUAUUAUGCAUAGAGUGCAUCACAUGUAUAUUGUUCUUUUCAGUUUUGAACCAUAUUCAUAAAAUGAUGGGAAAACUCACUU